AUGUCCAAACACUCCUCCCAGCCCAACAAGCAGGCGCCGGUUUCAACUCCCCGUGCAGCUAGCAGCGCGAUACCCACGGCGACCUCUGCACAGACGCCUCGCCGCCGUCGCUUCAAGGAUACUCGCGAGUUGGAUGUGCUUAGGAACGAAGUCUCGUAUUAUUCACGCAAGUCUGGCAUGUCCUCGCCCUACUCUGCGAGCCGCCCUAUAUCACCGUCGAUGGACUCGCUACAUCUCAACGGCGUUUACAGCAUACCUCAAUCACCAAAUGGCCUUGGCUCCCCAACAAAUGCCAGCCAGACGAGCCUUCUGCGUAGCUCAAACAGGCCGUCUGACUGGACGGGGACUGCAACGCCCAUGUCGCAUUUUUAUGGGCCCAGUGCCAGUGCCCUGAGCGAAUCUCCUAUCUCUCGCGUACAAGUCCCAGAGGGUAUGGGCGUAGGCGUGACCGAGAGUCCCUACCCCGUGUUUGCAAAGUCCGUCGAGAGCGACACGUUUGCCAUGGGCAACUCUUUGCGCGGCCCUGCAUUUUCGAACAACCAGGAUAUGCUGCGUGAUGCGGGCGUGUAUGGUCCUGCUGCAUCCUCAUCGCCCAUGCAAUCCAUGAUGGACUUGCCGCAGACGGCAUCGCAACCUGAGCCCCGCUCACUCAUGCAAUCGUGGCACAGUGUCGAUCGAGCAAGUGGACCGACAUCAGACAUAUCAAACACACCACAACGGUCGCUAUCGCCCUCACCCAUGGGCGGUACAUCUGUCCCCUCAUCCCCGUCGCAGUCGGUCAGUGAGCCCAUGGGUGAGCAGGGCCGUGCCCCCCCCUCGACCUCGAUGCCGCCCCGUGCAUCAGGUGCAUCAGUUCCGAGCCAGGCACGUCCUGCACAGGCGCCUACGCGAUCCAAGUCGCCCUUGCAGCAGGAGGUACCCCUAUCACCUCGACCGCCGCCUACGACGCCGUCCAAAGGACGCGGGCUUUUUGGAUGGCGGCGUGCUUCUGCGGCCCCCAAGCCACCGCAAGAAAGCCAACCAGUAUCUGCGCCAUCGUCCGACUCACGUCCCCCUCCGCCGCCUACGUCAACGCAACCGCCGCCGGUGCGGCCAUCCACGAGUAAAGCGACCACGGCUGCCAGUGCCAAGCCAUCGGUCGGAGAGCCAAAGCGCAAGCAAGGUCUCUUUGGUUUCUUCAAGAAGGGUGAUAAGGUUCCUACCCAAAGUGCGGCGCCGGCUGCAGGCCCUCGUGCACCGUCCCAGAGUGCCCCUGCGCAUAGCGCGCCUUCCGUACCAAAGGGGACGCCGACCCCCUCCAAUUCCGAUGCCCCCCCACCAGAGAGUGCACCUCUUGCCGCUGCUACACAAGGUUCCGAGCGUCCCCUGCCGGAACCCGCCUUGGAGACUGGCGCCACACCACGUAUCUCAGAGGGCUCUGUGGCGGCACCGGUCGCUCCAGAGCCGCUCAAGCCGCUCAAUGCUCCAUCUUUACUCAGUCCGACACCAUCACCUACCUCACCGGCAGUUGGAGCGCCUGCUUCCCCUGCGGCUGAUACACGUACCUCACCGGGAGCUAGUGCACCUGUUUCUUCUGCGACUGAAACACGUACCUCAUCGGGAGCUGGUGCACCUACUUCCACCGCUACAGGAACACCUGCCUUGUCGACAACUGGAGCAUCUGCUCCCUACCGGGCUGGAACACCUGCCUUAUCGACAACUGAUGCACCUGCUUCUGCGGCUGGAACAUCUCCCUCACCAGGAGCUGGUGCACCUACUUUCUUCGCGACUGGAACACCUGCCUUGUCGACAACUGGUGCACCUGCUUCUGCGGCUGGAACAUCUCCCUCACCAGGAGCUGGUGCACCUACUUUCUCCGCGACUGGAACACCUGCCUUGUCGACAACCGGAGCAUCUGCUCCCUACCGGGCUGGAACACCUACCUUGUCGACAGCUGGAGCGCCUGCUUCUUCUGUGGCUGCGGCACCUGCCUUGUCGACAGCUGGAGCGCCUGCUUCCUCUGCGACUGCGGCACCUGCCUUAUCGAUGGCUGGAGCCCCCGUGUCGUCGGUGGUUAGGCCACCCGUUUGGUCGCUUUCCGCUGCUGCGCCCACGGCGCCGCCCAAGCCGGUACAAGAAAAGCCCGAGCCUCAUACUUUGCCACCCUCUCCCAUCCCAUCAUCUGCUGCAACUAUGCGUCCUGUUACUACAAGUACAACCAAGACAAUUCCGACUUCAACCUCUGCAACCAACACGCCGCCCAUCGUGGAUUCUAUCUCUUCCUGGGUCUCCAUGUCCAUGCUAUCGCCUCAGCAGUCGUCUUCGCCUCAUUUCGAGACGCGCCCAUCGGCGAAACCCGCUGGACUUGCCCAAGAAAUGGCGCCGCCUACGACUGCAACGUUCCCACUUUCUCCUAGGCCCUCACCGGCGCCGAUGACACCACGCACCUCUGAUGCCCCUGUCGAUUCGUCGUCGUUCCCUGCAUACCUUUCGCCUCGUACUACGAUGGAAGAAACUCCACGUCCGGUGCCUGCGCAAGACCAAGGGAGCGCGCCGAUGCCCAGCAUCUAUGCCACGUCAGAGCAUCAUGUGGGCAAGGAGUCUCUCGCGACGACACAUCUCGAUCCUGAGGAGAGUAUUGCCAGCGUGCAUGUCGACGGCGAGGUAUUUGGCGGCGAGGGCUCGAGUAUUCACGAGCCUGGUUUGCUGCGCCUCUCUCGCUCGAUGCAGGACAUGCUGCGCGUUUCGCUCCAAAAUCCCGCAGUACUUGGCGAUAUCGACAGCCGCGAUUCGAGUAGCUAG